AUGUCAAAGUCAGCGUCACAGGAUGCAAUGCAAAGUGGGAGUAUGAGUGAUACAACUCAUGGUGGAAAUGUACCAAUUAAAAUGAUUACACCUAAACGUGGUGUGUUUUUUCGUAAUAAAAUCGGCCAAACGGGUGCGGUGCCGCAAACGACUAAGGAAGAUAAAGUUAUCUCACAAACAACAGAAAAUACUUCAUUAACUGGAUCACCUCCAUGCCAACAAUCAUCAUCACAAGAUGUUUUACUUGGUGCAUCAACGAAUUCUCCUUUAAAUCCUCAAAUGUCACCUACCAUUUUAGGAGGAGGAGGAAAUAAUAAUGAUUCGUCACAAACGUCAAAUGCACCUGCCGCACAUCAAACAUCACAAAAAAUAUCACAUUUGGCUAUGACAAAUGUUUCAACUGCUACGGUUGGUACUGUUGGAAAUUCAAUAGCUACAAGUGGAUAUGGGUCAAAUCAUUCUGCAAAAUCUUCUCUAAGUUUGAACCAACAACAGCAAAACAAUAGUUCAUUUACUCAUGAUAGUGAUUUAUUAGUCAAUGAUACUUAUCAUGAAGUAAAAGCUUUAUAUGAUUUUGAUUCAAAUGAGUCUACAAAUUUAUCUUUCAAAAGAAACGAUAUCAUACGAGUGCUUACCCAGCUAGAAUCUGGCUGGUGGGAUGGACUAUGUAAUGGUGAACGUGGCUGGUUUCCGAGUAACUAUGUGACUGCUUAUGAAGGGAAUGAUAUAUCGGAUGAGGAAGAAAAGUUAAUGGAUUGGAUUACUCAACAAACUCCCGAUGGUGAUAUUUUUUAUUAUAAUACAAAGACAGGUGAAUCAUCUUGGGAAUUACCAAUCGAUGAUAAUGAAUCUUAUUCAACAACAAUUACAACGAUUGGUAAUAGUGAUUCAAAACCAUUACCAAACAAUUGGGUACAACAGCUAACAGUAGAUGGAAGUUGUUACUAUUAUAAUGUCAUAACUAAGGAGAUUAAAAUGACUCAUCCUGGAAAUGGUACUAUGAAUGCUACUUCUAGUAAUUCCGAAACUAGUGAGUACAAGGAUGAUGAUGAAAUUGAAUUACAAGAAAAUGAUUUAGAAACUGUCAAAACUGAGGAUAAAGCGAAUGGUAUUAAUUCCAAAGAAGGGCAACUAAUUAAUGACACUAUUCAGCAAAUCUCUCAGCAAAGAAGAUCAAUUGAAAAUACAACCUGGAAUUUUGAUGAUAUCAAUGCUGAUGGUCAAUUAAUGAAAGUUGGAGAUGAAAUUUUAUUUAACGGAGGUGAAUUAGGCGAUGAAGAUCUGCAUGAAACAUUAUCCCAAACUCCUACAUUAGCUAUGUACUCUCAACCAAGAAAUUUUUCGGAAUAUUCAAUGUCCCAAAAUGCUAAUGAACAAGUUACUUGGGAUUCUUUGUUACAGAGUAUUAUCGUAGCUAUUGACAAUCUUAACUUAGCCGUUUUAGAGAAUUUGAAACAAAAUUACACGAGUCAUACCAAUGCUAUCGUUGAAAGUGUAAGGAUUAUGCUUUAUGCAUCUGGAACUAUUGAAAAAGAUUCACCUGCAAUUAUGCAAAAUAAGAAUUUAAAGGUUUAUCAUAGACAUAUAAUGGCUUCACUUUCAAAAUUAGUUCUUACAACAAAAGCAGCUUCAGAUGUAUGGCCUCCACCAGAUUCCGCUCAAAAAUUGAAAAACGAUGCUUAUGAAGUUUUAGUUGCGGUUCGACAAUUUGUUCAAGCUUCUGAACCUAUUGUAGAUAUUAGAAGAGUUGAUCCAAAAAUAUUGGAAAGCACUUCAGGUGGUUCAUGGCGUAGUAAUAGUAACCUAAUACAAAUACAAACAAAUGGGAUUAAUGAAACUAAAAGUCAAAUACCAAAUCCACCUUCAAAUUCAUCAAGUGUAAGUUCACAAGACAACAAUAGCAUUCCAAACUCUCCUACACAUUUGUCUAGUCAAUCACGUUCUUUAUCGACUGAUCUUAUUGCUUCAUUGGAUCAAACUUCUCGCACUAUAACCCAAACUAUUGUAUCACUUCUUAAUCAUGUUAAUAAAAUAAUUGAUACUCCUCAAUCCAGUUCAAAUAUCUCUUUUGCGUCCCAACUAAUUUCACAAACUAAACAAGUCGUCACUCAAGUUGGACAAAUUUUAUCUCAUAUCGAAGAUAUAGAUUUGGAUGAUUUGAAUGAAUCUUGUUUAGAUACAAUUCACGAAUUUAAAAUAUCCAAACAAUCGACAUAUAACAGCAUAGCUGGAUUAGUUAUUUGUAUUCAAUCAGCAACUGACCCGUUAGCUCCACUUAAUGUUAUGGACCAAGUUUUAAUGGCUACAAAUAAGGUAGAUAAAGCCGUAGCGGAUGUUAUUAUUGCUACAAAAUUUCUUGUUGAAGAAAUGGAAGCUCAAGAACAAAUUAACAUUCAAGCUAUGCGUCCAAGACGACCUAGCACUGUCGAAGUUCCACCAACAAAGAGACGUAUUACCUCAAAUUCUAAUUCUCUUGAUCACAUUGUUGAAAAUGACUUGACAACAACAGAUCAAUCUAUGACUCCUAAUGCAGCUCAAACAGCCUCUUCAACAGCGGGCUUACAAACCGUUCCUGAAGACGAUAUUAUAACAAAUGAUGGUGAUUCAACAAUAGUUGAUUUAGCUUCUGACGAUCAUGAUGUACCAAUGUCACCCAUUUCAGCUAGUGAAGGCUGCCGUCAACGUUCUGAUAGUUCAGUUAGUUCCUCAACUUAUAAUAAUGAUGUAUCAUUUCAAACUCAUUCUCGUUCAAACUCUCAGUUUGCUUCUACAUCAACUGAUUAUCCAUAUUCUUCAUCUCCUCCACUAACGAUAGAAAGUUUGAAUGGAACUAUAUCUCCACGUAGUGAAAAUAAGGUUAAAAAAUUCUUUGGUGAAAUAGUCCCUCAUCCACAUAAGCAAAAAGAAGAUAAACCUUGGUUCCUUAAUUAUGAUUUUGAUCAAUCAGAAAUGAUAUUUAAUAUGGAAGGUUAUGUCAAAGGAGGAACUCUUAAUGCUCUUGUAGAAAGAUUAACCAUGCAUGAUAUAUUAGAUUCAAAUUUUAUUGCUACAUUUUUAUUGACAUAUAGAUCUUUUUGUACAACAGAUGAAUUCUUUGAUAAGUUGGUUAAAAGGUUUAUGAUUAAAUCACCUGAUAAUUUGACUCCUUAUGAAUUAGAAAUUUGGCAAGAAAAGAAGCAAACACCUAUUAGAAUAAGAGUUUUUAAUAUCAUGAAAACUUGGUUAGAAUACUAUUAUAUAGAUGGUGAGGAUUACCAUUGCUUAGAAAGAAUGAGCGAGUUCGCAAAAACAACGAUGAACGAAAAAAUGUCAUUUGCUGCGAAGGGUUUAAUGAAAUUAAUUGAGAAACGAAAAUGUAAAGAUGCUAAAUUUAAGGAGUUGGUAAUAACAAAUUCCGACAGGCCACCGGCAUCAAUUUUACCCAAGAACAUCAAGAAACUCAAAUUCUCGGAAUUAGAUCCUUUGGAAAUUGCUAGACAACUAACUAUAAUAGAAAGUAAAUUGUAUAACAAAAUUUUACCUGUUGAGUGCCUAAAUAAGGCUUGGAGUAAGGACGAAGGUGAUGACGCAGCAGUAAACAUUAAGGCCAUGAUUGUGAACAGUAAUCAAUUUGUAGCUGUAGCUGAUAAGUGUAAAACUUUGAAUAAUUUUAAUUCGCUUACAGCUAUUAUUUCUGGAUUAAAUUCUGCGCCAAUUCAUCGUCUGAAGCGCACUUGGGAAUUGGUAAAUGCAAAAACUAUACAGACACUCGACAGUCUUAAUAAGAUUAUGAAUUCUACAAAAAAUUUUGCCGAAUAUCGAGAGUUACUACAUAGCGCAAAUCCACCGUGUGUACCAUUUUUAG